AUUUUUAAUUUUAAAUUAAAAAAAUAAUUUUUUAAUAAAUAUAUUACAUAAUCCGUAAACUAUUCACUCCUCCCGAUGCAAACACACGGAACUAGCUAGUUUGCACCUUACACACGCUAUUGCCUUAUUACCACCAUUAUUGGCUUGCCAGAUCCAAAUGAGCAAUUUGCAAAUGCCAUGCGUAACGCUAUUUCCAAAGGGAAAUAUUAUGGAGUACAAGACUUAAUUGGAAGCAAGCCAGAUGCAAUAUCUAUAACCUUUGAAAAUGGGCAAACUGCUCUUCACAUUGCAAUUACGGCUGGUCAGAAAUGGAUUGCCAAGGCAUUGAUCGACGGGACUAAUUCAGCAAACAGUCACCACUUGAAUAUAAAAGAUAAGAAUGGCAACACAGCUCUUUCCUAUGCUGCUCGUAGUGGUAUGAUGGAGAUUGCUAAACGCUUGAUUAAAAAGAACGAGAACUUGCUUGCUAUCCCAAAUGGCGACAAUAUCCUCCCGGUUCAAUUGGCGUGCAGGGCAGGCCAUGAGGACAUGACUCGCCACCUCUACCGCAAUACCCUGCAGCAAGGAUGUCUAAAGGGAGACUAUGGCUUCAACCUCCUCGAAGAGUGUAUAACUAAGAAAAUGUUUGAUAUUGCACUCCAUCUCCUCCACAGCUAUCCAAAGUUUGCAAUAUAUAGAUUCUAUAAGGAGGGUACCAAACCGAUCAUUUUAACUUUUGCUCAAACACCAUCAUUUGUUAGAGAAAAUCAGCUAGCAUUUUGGAGACGAUGGAUAUAUAAAUGUACAAGAGUGAAGGUAGAUAAAGGAAGCGUUCUAUCUGAUGGUGUUGGCAGUGUUGCAGCUCAACGAAGAGCAACGAAAAUAUAUGAUUUAAAGUUGAUGGAUGCAAUUGCCCGUGAGAUUAUGCAUUUUAUAUGUCGAAAAUUAUCAGCUUUGGAUGAGGAUGAAUUUGUGCAAAGUGGAGCAGUGGAAGCAACCUUUCAAGCUAUCAAGAAUGGCAUCCCUGAGAUUGCAAUUGAAAUUGCAAUUGAAAUUGCAAAAAUUAAUACCGAUAGAUUAUGGACCCGCACUGAUCCUGAAGAUGAAAGGAACAUGUUUGCAUGUGCUGUGGCACAUCGUCAAGAGGAAGUGGCACAAUUUCUUUAUGGAUUUAAUGCAAGAAUUGAUACAAAUAUUGUUUUUACCAAAGAUCGAGAUGGAAACAAUUUAUUACAUUUAGCAGCAAAGUUAGCUCCUCGUUCUGACCUUGAUCACAUCUCAGGUGCAGCUCGGUUGCAAAGUGAGCUACGCUGGUUCAAUGCAGUGAAAGGCAUUGUUCCACAUUUCUACAACUAUCAAAAAAAUUUUCGGGGUGAAACUCCUUCCCAAGUGUUUUUUAACGAACACGAGAAGUUGCUAAAAGAAGCGGAGGAAUGGGUGAAGAAAACAGCAGAAUCUUCUACAGUUGUAGGUACUCUAAUCAUUACAAUUAUGUUUGCUGUGGCUUUCACUGUUCCUGGUGGGAAUGAUCAAAAUACAGGCUUCCCUAUAUUUUUGAACAAAACAACAGACUCUUCUACAGUACCUUCUCCAACCGUGCCAUUCAUGAUAUUUGUAGCAUCAGAUGCAAUUUCUCUUUUUGCUGCAUCUAGUUCGGUGCUAAUGUUUUUGGGGAUUCUUGCUUCACGUUAUGCUUAUGAAGAUUUCUUUAAAUCCUUACCCGUGAAGUUAAUUAUUGGGAUCUCUUCACUCUUCAUCUCUAUUGCAGCAAUGAUGGUAGCAUUUUGUGUUGCUCUUUUCAUUAUGCUACAAGGUCGCUUGUGGAUAAUCAUACCAGUAACUUUGCUUGCUGGUUUUCCGAUCAUUAUCUUUGUACUGUUACUGUCUCCUUUUCUUGUUGAGCUUUAUACUAUGACUUUUGGACCAGACAUCUUUGAUAGGAAAAGGAAGAGAUGGAAUGACUUCAACAACAGGUUCUGGCUCUCUAAACUUGAUUCCAAUCGAAAAAGGCCUUAGCUCCAAUAACUCAAAGAUAGAUGUUCUGUCAUAUUAAGUCUAGUGAUUAGACGAGUGUGCUCUAUAUGUAUUGUAACUGCAAGAAACAUUUGGUGGAUGUGUACUCUUCGAAGAUUUCAUGUACUUUUGUAAGUGCCAAACUCUUUCGGCAAUCAAAGAUCUAUGUGAAU